AUGGGCAACAAAAUUCUGGCUUCUUCCGUUAAAGACAACAUCUCCCAUUGCACGUGCUUAUCUUGCAAAACAGCAUCCACCAUCUUCAGACAAUCAGAUUCAGACUCCAUCUUACUCUCUCUCUUCGAUCGAAAAAUUUCAGAGCUUCGAUCAAGGCCAAGUGCUCCGUCUGGAUCGUCGAUGAAGUUGGGAUCGUCUUUGCGAAGUUGUCGACAAGGGUUCCCGACACGUCUCGAAGAACUCCCGAGAUGGCCCCUACCAUUGCUCCUUCCAUAAGCGCUCCGUCGAUGUUGAUUUUAUAGGAUCCGACCAAAUUGAGUUCGUCCAUAGACAAAGCAAGAAUAGAUGUGCCACUGAUUCUGCUUCUUUAUCACAGAUUGUGCGUGCUAGCCCUGGUUCCUCAGCUAGCAAUGAGUGGUACGAGAGCGGUAUUGAUGAGGGGACUUUUGAGAAUUGGAUUUUGGAUGGUUUGAGCUAUGUCCUUCGGAUUUAAGGACAGUCGUGUCAUCCUCAUUCUUGAUGGUUUGGGGGUGACAACGAAUGAUUAUUUUUCUUGAAAUAAAAAAGAAAAUGGAUGGAAUCGACAAUUAGGGUAUUGCAUGCUUGAAAUAAACUAGGGUAGGAUUAGGCUCCGAUACAUGUUAGUGUCCAACCCAAAAUCUUGCUAGGAGAAGGGAGACCAUAUGUAAACAAAAUUACAAAUAGCAUAUAAACUUCCUAGACAACCGAUGUAAAAUACUUUAAUAAUUUUUAUUAUAAUUAUUUUUCUUGUUUGAGGAUUUCUACUCAUAACUUUGAAUUUGAUGGCUUUUUUAAAAUGUUAAGAAAUAUUCAAAUUUUCAAUUUUAUUUAAUACCAAAUAAAAAAUACCAAUAUAUAAAAAUAUAUAUAUGUUCUAUAACUAUUUCGCUAUAAAUAUUUGAAACGUAAUGUUUUUUUCAAUGAGGAUCUCAUUAACGAAGUCCUAUAAGCAUUAAUUAAAUUAAACAUCCACGCAAAAUAUUUAAACAGUCCCCUAGAGGUCUCCAAAAGGCUUCGUAGUGACUUUGAUAUCAAAGUCCUCCACUUGCAUUCGAGAAUCGCAAGGCUUUGUGUGAAAUUGCCUAAAAGAAGUAUUUCAACAGUGUCUCAGAGAUAGAGAGACAGAGAGAGGUCACCCUGCUAAGUGUGAAGUGAGCUUUUAUGGCGAACUCAGAGAUAGGAACGAGCACAUGCAAUACAUUAGGAGGUGAAUAUCAAGUGUUCUUGAGUUUUAGAGGGCUUGAUACUCGUCGUGGAUUCACCAACAGCCUCUACCAUGCCUUGGUAGACACUGGGGUCCGUGUUUUCUUUGAUGAUGAAGAGCUUCGACCGGGUGAAACAAUUAGUGACAACCUUCUGCAAGCAAUCGACAAUUCCAAACUCUACAUACCAAUCUUCUCUGAAAACUAUGCUUCAAGUCACUGGUGCCUCUGCGAGCUCGCAAAGAUGGUGGAGAACACCUCUAAGUCGAAAGAAGAUGGGAAGAAGAAGUUCAUAUUGCCCAUCUUCUACGACGUGAAACCCAAUGAUGUGAAGCUAAAAACUACGUUGUACAGUGAGGCCAUAUCGAAUAUGGAGCAAAAGAUGGAGAAUCAGAAGAAGAAGUUUAGCUAUGAGGAUAUAGAGACAUGGCGGCAAGCUCUCAAAGAAAUCGAUGGCACCAAGGGAUGGGAGCUAGAGAAAUAUUCAGGCUAUGGGGAUCUUAUAAAGUUGGUCGUUAAUGAGGUUGUGGUCAGGCUCAAGACAAGAGAAAGACAAGUGACUGAAGAUUUAGUUGGAAUCGAUGAUCGGAUAGCAGCCGUGAACAAUUUAUUAGACAUCAACUCUGGUGGUGUACGGCUUAUUGGAAUUUACGGAAUGGGCGGUAUUGGUAAAACAACACUCGCCAAGAUUAUCUUCAACCAAUUAUGUCCUCAUUUUGGGAAAAAUUGCAGCUUUCUUGAUGAUGUAAGAGAAACGGCAAAAACCAAGGGCUUGGUCAAGCUACAAGAACAAUUAUUGUCCGAUAUCUCUUAUUCAAGAGUGACUCAAGGCAUUGAUAAUAUUGAUUGCGGGAUCAAUACAAUUGGAGAGACAAUUUGCAACAAGAAGGUACUAAUUGUAUUAGAUGAUAUUGAUGAGGGCAACCAAAUCCAAAAACUAAUCGAAGUGAAUUCUCUGUAUCCUGGUACUAGGAUACUCGUUACCACUAGGGACAAAAACGUUCUGAAAAUAAGGAGAUUUAAGUAUGAAAUCUUGACUUAUGAAAUGGAGGGGUUGAGCAAAAAAGACGCACUCCAGCUUUUUAGUAGGCAUGCCUUCAAUGGCAGCUCUCCUCCAAAUAAUUACUACACUCUUUCAGAGGGCAUAGUCUCUAUUACAGGCAGACUACCUUUAGCUCUUGAAGCAAUAGGCUCAUUGCUCUUUGGUCAGGAAGAGAAAACAAUAUGGGAAGAGAUGCUAGGGAAGCUCAGGGAAACACCUACUGGGGAUGUCUUGGGAAAGCUAAGGAUUAGCUAUGAUGCCCUAGAUUCAGAUCAACAACAGAUAUUUCUCGAUGUGGCAUGCUUUUGCAUCGGUCAGAAGAAGAUUGAUCCACUCUAUGUGUGGAAAGAUCGUGGGUUUAUGGCAGAUUAUGCUAUUCACAUUCUUAUUGACAGGUGUAUGAUAAAGGUUUUAGAUGAUAAUAGUCUUUGGAUGCAUGAUCAGUUUAGAGAUCUUGGAAGGACAAUUGUCAAUCAAGAAAAUCUACAGUAUCCUGGAAAGCGUACCAGGUUGUGGGUUAGAGACGAUAUCAUUUGCGAAUUAAGAUCAACAGAGAUCAAGGGAAGCGUUCAAGCACUUUGCUUGCAGGCGGAGUCUGGCAAGCCUAUAAUUGUCACUGCGGAGCAAAUGAAACGGUUCACACAUCUACAGUUUCUUUGGUUGAGUAACGUAAUCUGCGAAGGUGACCUCUCGGGCUGUCUUUCCAAGUUGAAAUGGAUCAUUUUGCAUCGUUCUGCAUCUAGUGCUUGGGAUUCUUAUCUCAACCAAUGGAAACAUUUGGGUCUAGAAAACGUGGUUGUGAUGAAUCUUUCUUUCCUUGACUUCGACCAUUUUAGUUACCUAAUCAAGGGGGCAACGAAAUUGAAGGUUCUCACUCUUCAAUGUAUGUUGUCGAUAAAUAGGACGCCAACCUUUCCGGAAUACUCAGUUUUAGAGAAGUUGACUAUAUCUGAAUGUCCAUUUCUAAUGGAAAUUGAUUGCUCUAUUAAGCAGCUGAGGUGCCUGACUGACUUGAGUGUUGAGUCAUGUUCUGCUUUUCAAAAUUUGCCUGAACAAAUUGGAGGACUACAAAAUCUUCGGCACCUCUCUCUCAGGAAAUGUGGUAGCCUGAGUAAACUCCCUGGCUCAGUUUCAAAAUUAGAGUCAUUAGCGAAGCUGGAUGUAUCACAUGGGAGUAUUACAAGAUCACCGGACUCCAUUGGUAUACUACAAAGCGUGUCAUAUGCCCAUGUAUCACACACACCGAUUGCGGAAAUGCCUAGUACAAUGAGCAAGUUUCUUCACCUCCAAACACUAGACUUGGAAGAUUGUCAUGGGAUAGAAGAGUUGCCGGAGCUCCCCCGAAGUUUGACCACUCUACGACUGAUAUCUAUUUCAUUGCUGAUUGUCCCUAACCUCUCAUACCUUACUAAUCUAGUUGAACUGCAUCUAUCUAAUGGCUCUGAAGGUAUGGCAACAUCAAAGUUAAUUCAAAGUUGUGACUUACCGUGGAUUGGGAGGUUAUCAAAAGUGCACAAGCUGCACUUUUGCUUAUGGAAUGUCUGCGCACCAACUACAGAGUUGGGUUCCCUUUCUUUGCUAAAAGAACUUGCUCUAUAUGGACUAGACUUACAAAAACUCAAACAACUGCCGUCAAACUUGAUGGUUUUAGAGCUCCGCAACACUCGAGUGAAGCAAGUCCACGUCAAUGGGCUUCUUUCAGUGGAAAAGGAGACUGUAUUCGUUUCAUCAAGCCUAAAAAAAUUGAGAGAAAAGGUGUUCAAGCAACUUGAUAUUCAAUCUGUAGAUGUCUUUGAACUGUCAGAAAGAUCGUGUAUUCGGGACUGCAAAUCUUCCGAGAGGUUGGCUUGUCUGCCGGAGGUGCCGGGGUUCAAUGAGCUACAAGCUCCAGAGUUGACUGAUCGUUGUAGGGGAGCGAACCUUGUCUUAAACUCUCUAAAGAUGCUUCAAGAAUUCCAUAUGGGGUUUUGUCCAGACGUACAGGAUAUUCACUUUGUUUCUACAUUGGAAUCAUUGGGAGUAUUUACCGUUGAAGAGUGCGUUUCACUAAAAAGAUCAAUGGAAAGGAUUUUUGAUGCAUCGAGCUCAAAAAUACCAAAUGAGUGCCGGAUAAAAAUAGAAUAUUGUGGGAAAUUACUCGACACUCAUUUCGUCACUUGGGAGUCUUACAGAAGAAAGAUUCUGAAUGGAACAAUUCAAGCGUCAGAUUCUAAUAUUGAAACAACGGACUCUACAAUAGAAAUGGGGGAUCCUCUACAGAAGACAAAAGAGGGGAAAUUGAAGAGGGGAACAGACGGACUUAGUCAGUUUCAAAUAAGAAUCUGAGUGCACCGGUCGACCAAAUGUUCACCAGCAAAUCUUUCCCGGUGAAUAAAAUAGGAGCAAUUUUUUCCGAAAUUUGUAUUUGGCAAAAAAAUUAGAGAAAAUCCCGAAUUGAAUUGGGAUUAGGUUCUUUCUCACAUUUUCUUCUUCCUCUCCUGCUGCUCAAGCAAAUCGCUCUCACCUGAUCCUCAACUGUCCCGUGCCCAAUCAUUGUCGCUACUUGCGUGCUCAUCGCAAGCUUCAGUCCAUCAUCCGCCUCAUCUCUUCUUUCUCGGGUUCUGUCGUCCGCGAGCUUCAAGUUCUUCGACCAUGAGCUCUAAGUCCUUUUUCGCAAGCUUGAAGUUCCAUGUCGUAAGGUUCCAGUCCUUCAGUGCCUCUCAGCUGGAGGAAUUUGGUGCUACAUGAGGCGCCGACGGUUGCAUUUAUUAACUCCAUCAGUGGCGACAGGCAUGGACCUGAACUAAAGCUCUCAAUCAUCAGCCAAUCGCUGAAGAACAGGUCCAAGUGAUGUGGCAGUUGGUGUUUAGUUGAAUGUAAUCGUCUGAUUUAUCUUUGCGUGGUUAAGCAUGAGCUCGAGCUCGAGCUUCAGAUGGUAAUAGUUGUAUAAGGGUAUGCUUUUUGCAAUUGUUUGACUAUUUAAAAGCCUAGUCUAGUUAUGUUGCUAUGCUUCUGUGGACUGCUAGAUUGAGUGUAAUCAUUUGCUAGCAUUUUGUGCAUCUGUUAGUUGGAGUAUUACAAGAAUCAUGUGUAUUUGGUGAGCUGACUUGAGAUUAGAAAGUUCAAAAAAUUUGGGAAAUAAAGUUUUACCGCUGCAGACCUCUAUUCAGAGGAUGGGCAGGCUUAAGGUCGGUUUUGGAGUCGUGGGAGGGUACCUUCCCCUCCCUCUCUCUUAACCAAGAUUGCUUUUGCUGGAAAAAUAAUCUGGCGGAGUUCAUGGUGGCCAUGGCGUGGGAGGUCUUUAGGAGGAAGAAGCCCCGAGUUUUAUGGCAUCGUUUCAUUUGGAAUAAUGCCAUUACACCUAGGUAUCAAUUUCACUUUUGGUUGGUCGCCAAGCAUAGGCUUCCCACCCAAGCUUUCCUCCUCUCUUAUGGCAGGAUUGAUACUUCUUUUUGCCCCUUCUGCGAGGAGGUGCCUAACUCUAUUGACCAUCUAUUUUUUGAGUGUCGGCACAGCUGGUUUGGCUUUCUUUUGGGCAAUCAGGUGUAAUCUUCCGUGGCAGAACCAAUCUUGGGAUGAAAAUCUCCUUUGGGCCACAACCUUUCUUGUGGGCAAGGACUUCUUCAAAAGCAUGGCGCGGUUUUCUUUUGGCACUUUUUGUCAUAUCAUUUGGAGGAAUAGGAACAAUAUUCUCUUUAGAGACGAGGCACUUUCCAUUCCGGUUAUGAAGAAUCAUCUCCUCAAAGUGGUCAAAGAUAAGACACUCUCUUUUAGGGAUGUGGAAGAUUCCUUCAGGAAUAGGAGAUUACAGCGGAAUUAGGACCUAGAUCAGAGUAUCUUUGCUUCGCGCAUUUCCCUCUCGGGUGAUUAGCCGUCUCUAGUCUGACCUUUUUUGGUCUUCGUGUCGCCAUGCUUGUCUAGCGAUUGUUCAUGCCGUCUUGACCUCCUUCUUUUUCUUUCCUUGCUCUUGCCACUUGGCCUCUUUCUUGGCUUCCUUCCACUCAUAAUGAGCUUGUUCAUCUUGAGUGCAAGUUUUUGAAGCCAGUUCGUUUUGUUC